UGACCGGGAGACUUCAGUAGACCGACAGACGACAGUGGCCGGGCCUCCCGGAGCACCGUCCCAUUUAGUCGAGGACAGUAGAUGAGCAAAGCUCGUGCAAUAAGUGAACCGUAAACGUCCUAUAGCUGCGUUCUGCGUAAAUUAAAACGGUUGGUGAUAGUGAAUAGAACCCCACAAGUCAGUCAAGAUUUUACGACCAAAAACGUAGAUUAAUCCAUUCGGAAAGGCAUAGAACUUAGUAACCAUGAGCGAUCCGAUUCUAUCACAAGUUAACAGUAACGGCACUGACGAGAAUGACGAUGUUUACAAUGAUUUUGCUCAUAAAGUGAACAAGGAAAGCACUCCCGAUGGGAGGCAUCUGUGUCUCACUGAUCCUAACCUACCUGAGAAGACAGUACUCGUGCAUAAUGCGAACGAAGUCAGUCGACAGGAGCAACAGCAACUUUAUGUCGUGCAUAGUGUCUCCAAUCCGGUUCAACCUCUAUUAGUGGACCACGGCUCAGGAAGAUAUUCAGGAUUACUAGAGGAUGGAUAAAGAGGCCAAGAAAAUGGUUAGAGAGAAAAGAAGGCUCUGGAUAAAAACGAUUGGGACCUGAGGAGGAAGUAAGCCAGUUCUUCAAUCUCGUGGAUAGUUAUAAGGUGUUCUACAAGAAGUCAGGAGAGCGGAAAGCGUCAGUGCAUCUCUGAAUGAGAGAUAUAAAGAGAAAAAGGAAUUCUAGAGACAGAGAAUCCCUUGUUCGAUGUCUGAACCUUCAACUUCUUGCAGUUAUCCCACAAGCCCAAGUAGAUCAGCCAUUGGACAACACUUCUGGAGGCAAUUUAGAACCUUUGAGAUGUGAAACAGCACCUUCAGCUGAUCCCUUCGAGAUUGUCAACGAGGAAUUGGAAGCCACCCCUGAAGUUGCGUCGUCAUCAGGUCACCCUUCAGUCCGGACGGAAAAAAAAUACCUGUGGCAACACACAGAGCAAUUUGACGACCCAAAGAUGGAGAAAAGGAGGCAAGACGCCAUAAAACAAAAAAAAAUUCGCGUCAAGAAGAACAAUGAAACAGCAGGUUUGAAGCGAAAAUUAGAACAAAAAGACGAAGAACUCACAAUGGUGAAAAAAGCUCUUAAAGAUGCAUUAGGAGAAAACCAAUUACUCAAGGAGCUUCUGCAAGCUGCAAUUAAUGAUAGACCAAAUCAAAAUUAGGCAAAGGCUAAAUGUCAUUUUAAAAAGAAAUUAAUAAUUUGAUAUCAUUUUAUGUACUCAGCAAUAAAUGAAGAGCAUUAUUUUGAAAAUAAAAGCCAAUAUCAUCAAUAAAUUUUAUUAGAAUGUUAAGAAUGCUCAAGAUAAGUAAAGAAACUUAGAACUUCGACGAAAUAAGAUAUCUCUUGAAUCGACAUAGUUAAACAUUUCACUGUUUUACUUUCAUGGCUUUGAUGAGGCGCCAUGAUGACUAUAAAUGUUCUUUUGACAGUAAAGUGUUGUGAAUGUUGAUACUCGAAGAUACAUGGAAGGUUCUAAUGGUAGGUCAAGCCCAGUUGUAGCAGUAUCAACUAGAUGACCAUUUCAUGAUGUAGAGUUUUUGGAGACAGUGAUGUGACUAUGGGGUGAGGCCAGGGGGGACCCGGUCCCUUCCCCUGUAAGUUAUUAUAAAUUAGGCUCUGAGUACACUAACCACUUAGCCUAUACUAGCCUAUGAACUCUAGUUGAAAUUAUGCCUUUGAAGACUUAGAUGUGGUGAUUAUUAGCCCAACCUGUGUUUACUGAUUCUCUGAUGCCUGAUGGACUACUACAUAUCUCUGAUCUUCAUGAUUCAAGUUUUUCUGUCUGAUUUGACUGCCUAGCCUAGACUAACCUUAAGGCCUGUCCACACGAGCGGGCAUGAUCGGCGUGCUCCGGGGUUGACGGGCAAAUUCUGGCGGGCUUACACGUGAAUGUUGUCUACACGGGUGAGGCGAUGGAGAGGUGGGCGUGCCCGACGAUGCCAGCAGUGUGUAACAGUGCGGUACGAUAAACAUGGUGCCUACCGCCAAAAAAGAUAUUGUGUAGCAUGAUAAUUGCUUUGUGUGUGAUGAAAAAGAAGAGAAUAUGGUGCAAAGAAUGGCUCAGUAAAAGAAAUGUAUAUGGUUAACGUACGUCUGCCAGGGUCGAAGCUCAAGCCAUCGGGCACCACCAUGGUGAUUUUGCUACAAGACCCAUGGGGCAAUUUGACGGUUUGCCCGUCAAGUGUGCCCGUUAGAGGGGAAGUCCGCCGAUCAGGCCCGAUCGUGUGGACAGACCUUUAACCAUGUCUGAUGAUGAAACUCGAAACCACAGUGCCAGCAGAAUUGUGCCUAGUAUUAAGCCACCUCAACGAUUUAGUCUGUCUUCUAACGUCCUUGAAAACUGGAAGAUAUUUAAACAGAGAUGGGACACUUUUGAAAUCCUCUCUGAGCUGCAAGCAAAGCCUCGGAAAGUGCAGGCUGCUCUUUUUCUACACACCCUAGCAGAUGACGCUCUUAAGGUCUACAAUGGAUUCCAGUUUAAUACUCCUCAAGAUGCCAGAACUGUUGCGGAAAUCAUAAGCAAGUUCGAUGAAUUUGUCGUUGGUGAAGUCAACGAAACUUAUGAACGUUUCAUUUUCAACAGUCUCUGUCAAGAGGAAGGUGAAGGAUUUGACAAGUUUCUUUCUGAUUUGAGGUCGCUAAUCAAAACUUGUGGCUACUGUGAUAAGUAUUUAGACUCUGUGAUAAGAGAUCGCAUUGUCCUAGGAAUAAAGGACACUAGUGUCCAAAAAGACCUACUUAAGGUUAGAAAACUUACUUCAGACAAAUGCAUUGACAUAUGUAAAGCUGCUGAGAAUGCUUCUCUUAAGAAUAAGGUGCUCCGUCCUGAAAGUGCUGUAGUGCAUAAAGUGGUUUAUCACAAAAAGCGUGGUACCAAGUCAGUUAAGCCUAUGUACUCUAAAAAUGUUCCUGUAGAAAAUACUGUUAAUAAAGAAUGUCUGUUCUGUGGUUACAAGUAUGUUUUAAAGAAGGACAUGUGUCCAGCAUAUGGAAAGAAGUGUAGUAGAUGUCUACAAACAAACCAUUUUGCUCAAAAAUGUCCAUUUUCUGUGAAUAAACAUAAUGCUAGAUCUGGUGCCAAGCAAAAAGUUCAAUACAAACAUGUACAUCAAGUUGAUGAUAAUGAAUCUUCUGAUGCAGAAUGGGUAAAUUUUACUGAAGCUAUUGAUGAAGGUAAUUCUAUGAAAGAUAUCAAAUGUUUUUCUAGUAGAUGGUGAAAAGGUAAAUUUUCAAAUUGAUACUGGUUCUACUGUCAACAUUUUACCUGUAAGAUAUGCUCAAUAUGUUGAGAAAACUAGCAAAGUGUUGUCCACUUGGAAUAAAAGUAAACAAAUUCCUUUAGGUAUCUGUAGAAGGAAUAUUGUUAAUCCUAAAAUGCAAAGAAAGUAUUCUGUAGAAUUUAUUGUUGUAGAAAAUGAAUUUUUACCAUUGUUGGGUAAAAAGGCAAGUGUUCAUAUGAAUUUAAUUCUGAUAUGUGAAGAUCAUUUUGAAUGAGUACAUUCUGUUGAUGUAGAAGACAAUUUCAAAGAUGUCACUGAUGGUAAAUUAGGUUCUUUUUCUUGUGUUCAACAAUUAAAUAUGUGUGAUGAUGCUAAACCUGUAAUUAUGCCUGAUCGUCGGGUACCUAUUUCUGUUCGUCCUAAGUCAAAAGAGGAAUUAGGUAGACUAGUUAACCUUGGUGUAAUUGUGCCUGUGGAUCAGCCAACUCCCUGGGUCAGUCAAUUAGUCAUAGCACAUGAAAGAAAUGGUGACAUACGAAUUUGUCUUGAUCCAAAAGAGUUAAACAAAGUCCUGUUGCGUGAACAUUUUACUCUACCAAUUCUUGAUGAUACUUUGCAUGAGUUAGGGAAGUCCACUGUAUUUUCUAAGGCCGACUUAGCAUCUGGCUAUUGCCAAGUAAAACUUGAUGAGGCAUCAAGCCUGUUGACUACUUUCCAAACAUGUUUUGGUAGAUUUAGAUGGUGACGACUCCCCUUUGGUCUUAGUGUUUCUUCAGAAAUUUUUCAGAAACAUAUUCUUAAUACAUUUAAUGAUUUACCUGGUGUUGUUUGUAUUGCUGAUGAUAUCAUUGUGCAUGGAAAAUCUCUAGAUGAACAUGACUGUAAUCUUGAAUCUUUUCUUAAAAGGAGUCGAACAAAAUGUAAAACUAAACAAGGAGAAAUUGGUGCUCCGAACUGAUAAUGUUUCCUUUGUGGGUCAUGUCAUUACUAAAGAUGGUCUUAUGUCUGAUCCUGAGAAAAUGAAAGCCAUAUCCGAGUUUUCUACUCCCCAGACUCUUGAAGAAUUGCGUCGUUUCCUUGGUAUGGUGAACUAUAUGGCAAAGUUUUUAUCUCGUGUAACUGAUGUUCUAAAUCCGCUUCAUAAUUUGCUGAAAAAGGAUGUCCCUUGGAAUUGGUCACAGUGCCAAGCAGAAACAUUUAUGCGUUAAAGAAAUUAUUGUGAAUAGUCCAGUUCUUGCCUCCUAUGAUCCUAUCAAAGAGUUGACUCUCGAAAAUGAUGCAUCUGCGUAUGGUUUAGGCUCAACACUCAUGCAAGAGGGAAAGCCUGUUGCUUUUGCAAGCCGAGCUCUAACAAAUGCUGAAAGAAAUUAUGCUCAAAUUGAAAGGAGAUGCUUGCAAUUUUAUAUGGUUUGAACAAAUUUCAUCAUUUCACUUUUGGUCGUUUUGUGACUGUGAUCACUGACCACCAACCAUUAGUAUCUAUUGUUAGAAAACCUCUUUAUGUGUGCACCUAAACGGUUGCAAGCAAUGCUUCUUCGUGUUCAAGAGUACAGUUUUGAAGUAGUCUACAAAUCUGGCAAGGACAUUCCAAUUGCUGAUGUACUGUCGCAUGCCCCGACAUCUAGUUUGAAGAGUGAAAAAGCUGUAUCUGUCAACAAUCUGUCAUUUUCGUUAUUUAAGCCUUAUCGUCUUGACGAAAUUAGAGCAAAAACCCAGUCUGAUAUACCUUGACGACUCUCAAACAAACUAUCAUAGAAGGAUGGCCUAAAAAUAAGUCCUUGAUACCGCAGUCCCUUUCACCCUAUUUCAAUAAAAAAAUUUAAUGGUCAUAGUUAUGUAGUAUGUACUGAAGAUGGAGGAACAUGCCGUAGAAAUAGACAAUUUUUAAGAAAAUCUGUAAAAUCUAGAGAUAAGUCUCCAGAAACUCCUUAUUUUAGUUCUGUGACUCCUGUUCCUAUUGAUAUUGAUGCCAAUGCUAGUAAUAAAAAUAAUAAAGAUGUUCAUUCUCCAUGUAGAACUCCAGAUGUGUCAAAGAGUAAUAAAACUGAGUCAGAUAUUAUAAAAACAAGGUCUGGUAGAACAAUUACAGCUCCAGAGAGACUAAACCUUUAAGUUGCUUUAAACUGUGUUAGUAAGGUUGUCUCCAUAUUUUGAAUGCUGUGUUCUGUUUAUCUUUGUGAGAAGGUCUCAUUUUGAUUUCUCAUCUCAUUUAUGUUUUGUUAUGCCAUUUCCUGUAUUGUGUGUACUGACACUAGUGAUGUUCCACGUACCCUGAUAUGCUGGUUGUGUACUUAUAGUGCUGUCAUAUUGUUUGAUAUCUCUUACUAAAGAAGGGGGAUGUUAAGUGAAACUUGUAAAAGUAAGAUAUCUAUGAAACAUGUAAAGUAUGAUUAUGAAUCAUUGUACAAAAGGUAGUGUCAAUUAGUUAUCUAUUUGCAAAUCUGUAGAGUCACUAUGCACUGUGUUUAUAGAAUAAAGUCUCGCAUCAA